UUGGGUGUCCGGGAGCCAGGGGAUGACAGGAAAUGCUGCCGCCUUCUGCAAUUUAUUUAUUUAUUUUUUCUUUUGAGAGAGUGAAGGGAAGAGACAGAUACUUGAAACCCAGUGUGUGGCCUGCUUCUUUGGGGUGAGGGAGGGAAGUGGAGACACAGGUGGGUGCCUGGGAUGGGCGAGUGAGAACUUCAGAUGCCUCCUUACCUCACAGGGAAUAGGGUGCCUGAAAGGGUCCUGGGAAGGAGCUAUCAGGCCAAGGCGGCAGAGAUGGUGACGAACGGGCCUGGGAAUCGCUGGAGCUGUGCUAGUCACCGGCAAACUCAGUCUAGCCCUGACCAUUCCCCUAGCUGGCCUCCUCCGGUUGUCAUUUAUUCCUAAAGAAAAAUCCAGAAGCUCCUUGACUUAGAGUAGGCAGAAAAUGACCUGUGUACAAGAUUGUGUACAGAAUGUAGAAAUUUAAUAUACCUCACUUGCUGAAUUUAGGACACAGCUUCAUCCGUCUUGAAGGGCUCAGAGCGUCGGCCCAUAGCUGAGCAAAGCCUGCUCUGUUCUAAAGUACCGAGCAGGCCCUGGGGUGGCCUGGAAGCGAGGCAUGCUGCUGUUGCCCGGCAUCAGGUCACUCAGUGAAUCGCUAGCCCAUAAAAGGAUCAAAAAUCCAAUUAUGGAGGUUUACAUCUGUAAUCCCCAGCACUUGAGAGGCUGAGGCCGGAGAAUUGGGUGUUCAGGGUUAGCCUAGGCUACGCAGCCUGAGCUGCAGAAUGAAGCUUUCUUAAAAAGUGAAACAAAAUGCAACAAAACCAAAAAGCAGUUUCUAUUCCAGGUUGGCCCAUCAAGGCUGGGGCUGCAUAGAGGGACCGACCAUUCUUUGUUCUGUUCAUGGGGUUGUGGACAGACCUUUACAGGAGUUUGCUGAUGAGGGAUGCUAUAGGAAUAGUUAUUCGUUGGAUUUCUUUAUGCUCCAUCUCUACAGGAAAAGAUUUGUGGUGUCUUUGCAAAUACUGUGGGUAGAAAAACAGAAAUGUGACCAUAAGAGCUGGAGAAGUGCAGGUGGGCGUAUAACCCCAGCACUUGACCAAUAGGCUACCUGAUGCCACCACUGUGGUGCCAUCCCCAUGUCUGUCUGAUUGUCAGAGACCCCUGAGGGGAAGGCUGAGGUGGGGGCUCCCUGAGAGUCGUUAGAUCCUCCACAGUUGCAAAAGGGAAGUUUCUGUAGCCGUUCCUGAGCAAAGAUGAGGAGUGGGUGUAAAAGACCAACCUAGGAAGCCGGGCGGUGGCUGCGCACGCCUUCAUUCACAGCACUUGGGAGGCAGAGGCAGGAGGAUCUCUAUGAGUUUGAGGCCAGCCUGGUCUACAGAGUAAGUUCCAGGACAGCCAGGGCUACACAGAGAAACCCUGUCUCAAAAAACAAAAAAGCCAGAUGAUGGUGGUGCACACCUUUAAUCCCAGCAUUCAGGAGGCAGAGGCAGGCGGAUCUCUGUGAGUUCAAGGCCAGCCUGGUGUACAGAGCGGGUUCCAGGACAGCCAGGGCUAUUAUAUAGAGAAACCCUGUCUCGGGAAAACAAAACAAAACAACAAAAGGCUAGCCUAGGAGAAGUGGUUCUGGGGAAGACAUGUCAUCCAACAAUCAGAUCACUAGAGUACUGUUGCAUAAACCUGUGACUCUGUAUUGCCCAGUGUAUAUUCGCGCAGUAUCCUGCCUCACAAGACUCACCCUUCCAAGUCUGAGGGUGGAGGACCCAGGGGUCUACAUGUCUGGAAAGCUCCCCGUGGUUCUGCCAUCCUGUUGGGUAGAAAGACACUGCUUCAGAGGGUAGUUUUCAGAUCAUUCUCUUAGCUGGGUUCUGUGUAGGAUGAGGCAGGGUGAAGCUGCCUUUAUUUUCCAUCAUGGGCCAAUAGGAGUAAUCUAGGAGCUGAGGAGGGUGUGCUAAGGCAAUGGGGCUGAGUCCAAGGAGUUGAGGAGAGUUUACCUAGAAGGGUGGAUUAGCCAGUUUUGUUCUUUAUUAAGUUCCUCAGGCUGGUUUCAAACUUGUCAUCCCACUACAGCCUUCUGAGUGCUGGGAUUACAAGUGUACACCUCCACACCGGGCUCAAAUGCUAUGUUACUGCUUUUAAUUAAAAAUAAAUUCUCACGUUUGUGUGUGUGUGUGUGUGUGUGUGUGUGUGUGUGUGUGUGUGUGUGUGUCUAUGAGAGUGUAUGCCACAUUCACGUGGCUGCUCCAGGAGGCCAGAAGAGAGUGUUGGGUGGUCCCCUGGAACUGGAGUUACAGGUGGUUGUGAGCUGCCCAGUGUGGGUGCUGGGAACCAAACUCGGGUUCUCUGGAAGAGCAGUGAGUGCUCUUGACUGCUGAUCCCUCUACAGCCCUUAGUUUUGUUUUUUGUUUAUUUUUUCCCUUCUUACAUUGUGUGUGUGUGUGUGUGUGUGUGUGUGUGUGUGUGUGUGUGUGUACAUGCAUGUACCGUGCUAGCACAUGCGUGCAUACACCAAGGUGCUUGGAGGUCAGAGGCCAACCUGGAGUAGAUACUCUUCCUGCCACGUGAAUUCCAAGGAUCGAACUCGGUUUUCAGGCUUGGUGGCAAGUAUCUUGAUCUGCCAUCUGCCUGGCUGUUAUUGUUUUGUUUUGUUAUUUCGAGAGGCAGGGGUCUCAGGUUCCCAACCUGGCCUCAAACUGCAGGCAAGGAUGGCCUUGAACUCCUGACUCCUCUGCCUGCGCCCUCCAAGUGAUGGGGUUAGAGGCAUCCAUCAUCAUGCCUGUCUUGCAUUAUUUUUUAAUGAUGUGAGUGAUCUGUGUACCUGACAAAUACAUCUAGCAGUUCACACAGUUAAAACUGUUUCCUCUUCCUCCCACACAUCUGAGGGAGUGUGGUUAGCAGUGUGGGGUGUCUUAUUCUAAGUCUACUGAGAAUGCUUUCCUGCUGUCCCCCCACCUCGCAUUGGGGUUCAAGCCCAGGGCCACAGGCUGGGCAAACACUGUACUACUGAACUAUGUCCUCGGCCCCUCUGGCCCCUUGAGGCAAACUAAAAACAUGUUUUUGAGAUAGGGUCUUUCUAUUAUGUAGCUCUCUGGCUUUCCUGGAACCCAUUGUGUAGACCAGGCUGGUCUUGAACUCAGAGAUCCACCUGCUUCUGCCUCCCGAGUGCUGGGAUUGAAGGUGUGCACCAUCGCUGCCCGGCCCAUGUGGCCUUAUUAAUCUCCUCCCAGUACACCUCUGCUGCUGCUUCUGCCUCCUGUGUGCUGCGGUUGAAGGUGCACACCAUCAUUCUUGGCACCAGAUCGAAAAUGUUUUAAUUCAAUAUUUGGAUGUGUGGGGCUAGAGAGAUGGUUCAGAGGUUAAGAACACUUGUCGCUUUUGCAGAGGACCCAGAUUCAAUUCUCAGCACCCAUAUGGUGGCUCACACACAUCUGUAAUCCUACAUCCAGGAGAUCCAACCGGCAUACACGUGGUGUACACGCACGCAGGCAAACCAUUCAUAAACUCAGUAAAAUACAUUUAAAAAAUAAAAAUUUUAUGUGUGAGUGUUUUGUCUGUGUGUGUGUCUGUGCGUUAUGUGUCUGCCAGGUGCCCUCGGAGGCCAGGAGACGGUGUCAGGUCCCGGAACUGGAGUUACACAUGGCUGUGAGCCGCCAUGUGGGGUGCUGUGAGUCAAGCCCAGGUCCUCUGGAAGAGCAGUCAGUCCUCCUAAACCCUGAGCCAUCUCCCCAGCUCCAGAAGGCAGAGAAGACUCCCAAACUGACUUGGCAAAUCCUGGCUUCUCUUUCCUCACUCUCUUCAUGUCUUUCAUCAAAUCCUCGUUGGAUCUUUUUUGGUUCCAGUUUAUGUUCUAAAUACAGAGACGGCAACGUCCCUGGUUUCAGGGAACUUGAGAUCUAUCAGUGGGGAUGGAAAAAAAAGAUGAGAACAGAUGCAGAUAAGUUAAAGUGAUGAGUGCUAUUAAAGUAAGUACAGUGACUGUUGGACAUCUGUUUCGGCGGGCGGUUGGUGGCAACAUGCCUGGUGGAUCUCUGAGUUCGAGGCCAGCCUGGUCUACAGAGUGAGUUCCAUGACAGAGAAGGCUACAUAGAGAAACUUUGUUCAAAAGUACAAACAGGUAAAAGAGGAAAUGGACGCCUGUCUCAGGCUAGUUCAGGUGUGCGGCCUCUGGAGUAACAUUGUGUUGAGACAUAAAUGAUGGUAAAGACAGCGGAGGAGUGUGUCAAGGAGAGCAGCAGUAAUGGGGUUAAGUUUGAAUGAUGGGAGGAUGGAGGAGGGCACUGGGGUGUAGCAGGGGGCAGAGGAGUCAGCAGGAUUUGCAGCAGGGGGCAGAGAAGUCAGCAGGAUCUGGCUCCUAGGCCUUUGCAUGCUUUCUAGCCCAAGUGCCACGGAAAGCUGUCAGAGGGGCUGGGGAGGUGGCUCAGUGGGAAAAGGUGCUUGUUGUCAAGGCUGACAACUCGAGUUCAAAUCCUUACGUGGGACCCACAUGGUGGGAGGAAAGACGUUGUCCUCUGACCUCUGCAUGCACACACCCACACAAAAAUAAAUGUUGAGAAGCAAAACAAACAAAAGAAGAGAAGCUAUCACAGUGGCGGGAUUCUAUUUGGGCAAGAGGACUCCAGGUGCCGGAGAGAACACGCAGUAGGGGGCAGUAGAAAGCCUGGAGGUAGUUGCCCCAUUGGUAGGAGAGGCUACUUUGGUGUGGCUGACACUUUGGGUCAGCUUAACCUCUCAGUCUGUUUCCCUGUCUGUAAAGCGGGCAACAGUAACUGCCUACCUAUGGGGUCCUUAAGAGGAAUGACGUGGAGCAGUGCUUGUAAACGCCCUGAGCCCUGGAUGUGGAUCACAGUAGUCACAAUGAGUGUGAUUGGCUCUGGGUCCCUUCAGCUAUUCGAUAAACCUGAAAAUCACAUACAAACCAUAGCAUUUGAUAUUUCAAAAACUUUUUCUUAAAUUGUCACCCCACGAAAAGAAAGAGACAGAAACACCGGGGCCACAGAACCCCAAUUGCUCUAAGGCUACAAACUUGGGGUGUACCUGAUUUGGAAAGAGUGAAAUUGGGGAGGUGCAAGGCAGGAUGGAGAGGGACCCUGCUGGACUUUGGUGGACUAUGCUUUCUUUGUUUUCUAAGGAGGAGGGCCCUGUCAACUGUGGUGUUGGGGUACUGAGGCCCCCAGGAGGUGUCUGUUCCAAUCAUACACUUGGUGCAGGGGCCCAUCUUCUCGCCCUGGCUGUCCCUCUCUUCCUUCAGCUUCCUGAAUCCAUCACAUAACCUCUCCAUCCCAUAACCUCUCCAGCUCUGUCUCAGCCCUCAUAUAUUUAAAUGCUUUAUCCCUAGUUGCUGGAACUGUUUUGGGAAGAAUUAAGGGGUGUGACCUUGUUAGGGGAGGUGUGUCACCAGGGGCGGGCGUUGAGGUCUAAAGAGCCCACCAGUCUUGCUCUCUCUGCUUCCUGUUUGUGGAUCAGAUGUAAGCUCUCAGCUACUGCCCCAGCACCAUGCCUGUCUGCCGCCCAGUUCCCUGUCAUGGUGGUCAUGGACUCACCCUCUGAAACUGUAAGCAAGCUCCCAAUUAAAUGCUUUUGUUUUUUUUUAAUAAGUUGCCUUGGUCGUGGUGUCUCUUUACAGAAAGAAAAGUAGCCAAGACACAACCCAACUCAUCCUGGGCUGCCAGUGGGAAUGAGGAAGAGUCAGCGCCCAGCACUCAGUAUGGGCCUAUGUGGAACGGUGUACUGCUGACUCAUCAUUCUGACUUGGACAGACCCUUGAGAUGGGCAUUGAUCCACCUUUCAGAUGAGCCCAGAAUUGUCUGAUAACAGGCUUCAGGCUUCUCUCAUGUCUCCUUGCGGGGGGACCGGGGGUGGGGAGCGGGGAGGGGGGCUCCAUCCCUCGGUACCUCUUGCUCAUUCUUAGCAUUCACACACUCACUUUGGCCAGUUCCUUCUCAGCUUUGGAGCUCUUCAUGCCUCUCCCAACCGGGAAAAUACGUCCUUCUUUCUGGUUUUCCCCAAAGGAGACUCAUCUCUCUCUCUCUUCUUGGUCACCUCCAGCUCCCAGCUGGCCUCCCUGGUCCGCAUUCUCUGCUCUGCCCUGCUCUGGGAUUCCGUCGAUGUUUGUUGUUGUUGCUGCUGGGAGAGGAUACCUGAGAAAACAGCCUAAGGGAGGAAAGGCCUGUUUUGUCUCAGGGUGUCGGAGGGCUCAGUCCAUGCUCCACUGACUCCAUCACUUGGGGCCUGUGGUGAGGCAGAACAUCACGGCAGGGUGGGGGGUACGGCAGCCAGGGAGCUAAGAUGGGGGGGAAGAGUCCCAGGACAAGACACACCCUUCAGAGGCACACUCCUGACUGGUCUCAUUGCCUUUGGGCCGCUUGGUCCCUCUGACCCAAGUUCUACUCCGAGGCAGGCUGUUGCAUGCUUUAGAUAUCUGGCUUCACCAUUGUCUUGCCAGAACUUACCCCGUUCCUUUCUCUGUAGUCCUGGGGACUGAAUCCAAGGCUUCGGGCAUGCCAGAGAAGCUCUCUAUCACCAAGUGAUGUCUCCAGUGGAGCUCCAACUCUUCAUGGUCCUGUAGUGUAGCCACACCAUCUUUAAAUGUAUUGAUCAUACAGUGAUAUCAGGAGGGCAUCUUUGAGCAUGUGUCUUCCUGGUAUGUGUUCACUCCUUCAAGAUGGUCCCAGGAAUUCUCGUCCCCUGGGACUGACACUGUUAGUUCUUUUCCACAGUGAGGAGAGCUGCCCCGAGAGAUUGGUAGGACAGUGUGGAAAUGGUGGGCUGUUGCUGUGAGGCGAGGCCAGCAGUUACGUCAUGAGGACGUUCAAGCAGCCUUGUGGAGAGGCCUACGGGUGAGGAGCCCGGGACUGUAAGCAGCAGUUAGCAGAAUUUGCCUGUCAUCUGAGUGAGUCACGCUGUCAGUUGACUUCCCAGUCCUAGUCCCGUCUUCCAGAGAACACGACCACUGAGUGAGGUCGUGGUAUAUCCUCAGGAGAGACCCUGAGCCAGAACCAAUGGGCUAAGCUGCACUUUGAUCUUUGCAAUGAGACUACCUGUGUUUAUUGUUAAAGUUGCUAGGCUGAGGGGUAAUUACUUUAUAAUAGGUAACAAAUACACAUAUCCAGUGGUACAGGUCUAUUACACAUACAUUACGAAAUGUAUUUAUCUAAAUAGAAAUCUAUUGGAAAGGGAUGAAAAGGUAAACAUACACUUCCACACACCCACACACUCACACACCCACACAUCCAUACAUACACACAUCCACACACAUCCAUACACAUCCACACAGCAACACACACCCACAUAUCCAUACAUCCACACAUCCACAUAUAUCCACACAUCCAUAUACAUCCACAAUCCACACACAUCUACACAUUCACACACAUCCAAAUCCACACAUCCACAAUCCACACACAUCCAUACAUCCACAAUCCGCACAUCCACACGCAUCCACAAUCCACACCUACACUUAUUUACACAUGCACAUGCAUAUGUGUGCACAAGCCCACGCACACACACACAUACACUCAACACUAGUCCAAUACUACUCUCUUAGGGCAUGGCUGUAGGGUACAGAUUUCAAAAUGCCUUCUUCCAGCACAACCUGCAAAUAGAAAGAUGCAAAAAUCCCAAGUUUACAGCAUUUGCAGUUUUACAAGCCAAUGCUAAGGUGUCACCACAUCCAGACACCAAGACACUAGGUGCAUCUUCACCCCUACACCCCUCUCCCUCACCUCUACAGCCCACCUUGCUCCCUGCCGGUUGCUACCUCUGUGAGUGUAACUACUGUUCAGACUGGAUCCGUGUCUGCUUGUUUGCCAGAGUAAACUAGAUCAGAAGUGGCAAAAUCAGAGAGUGUUAAAUUAAUGGCCCAAUUUUCACCAAAAUCCCUGGCAGCAAAGCCUAGUCUAUGUAAACAUGAGGAUUUUUAGGACACAGACAAACAAGGACACACAGAGCAGUUGCGUUUAUGUAAGCGAUGCUUUCCUGAAUAGCUCAUAGGAUCUAGACGGCCGCGGUCGGAGUCCAGUUCUCUCUAACAUGGGGCCUGUGGAUAUUUUCAAUGUUGCUCACUUUCCAAGCUAGAGGUUGAGUUCUGGCAGGCACCUCUGAAGCCCUCAGGACCGUGAGGGGCCACGUUUAAGCAUCUCUGGGGACUUGGGGACCUCGUGUGUGGACCAGCCGGAAACCCUGUUCUGGGUAAAGUUCUGGAGGCAGUGUACAGGGCUGCUCAUGUUUUUAGUCUGCGCUCUUUGAUGCAGUAUGGCAGGAAGGCAAGCUCUUGCCUUUCAGGGCCUCAGCUUUCUUGCCUGCAGAAUGGGUUGUUCUCUGGGGACGAGAAAGGUUGAAGUCCUGUGGCAGAAUCAUGGAUUUCUGGGCUCCAAUCCCAGAGGAGAACUGCUCCUCGUGGCCCCUCCACGCUGCUUGGAGGACCACAGGAGAGUGAGCGGGUCAGGCUAGGGCUGGGGACCCUGGAGCUGAGCCCUUAAGAAUCCACAGCUUGCAACUAUAAUGCCAAGGUCACAGGGCAGGAUUGGGCAAGAGUCAGGGAUCAGUUGGUACCUCUGAUCCUGGUUAGGGAUAUUUGGAGAUACGGACAAUUCUGGGAAAUUCAGAACUGAAAGGGGGAGGGCCCUGAGAGGGAACAGCAGAGGCACCCUGGCUUUUUUAGGCCUGUCUCCCCCACAAAAAUGUAAAGAGUAUUGAAGUGGGGCAUAACGUGAACGUGAACGUGUGUGUGUGUGUGUGUGUGUGUGUGUGUGUGUGUGUGUGUGUGUGUGUGUGUAGACUCCCCUUCUCUCAGAAAUAGCGUAGAGGUCACCCAUGCCUUCCUCCUACCCAAACACCUCCCCAGUUCCAAAUCUAUUUCCACCUCUGUUUAAGGUCCAAAGUCCUGGCAUUGGUGAUGCCAGGUUCGGCAUGCUCAGACACACAGACAGCCAGACACGCAGGGCCCUUGGAUGGACCCUGUCCCUUCCUCUCCCAUUGCCCAGGUCGUCCACCUGAUUCUUCAGCCUUCAGCCCCCUCCUUAGCCUGGGCUCUGUGUGGAGUUGAGGGACCUUCAGUAAGUAAAGCAGGGCGGGAAUAUGACAGGCAAGUGAGAGUGGGUGGAGGGGUCCUGCACAUGUGAGUUCACAGACGUGUGGGCACGCAGAAGUGUGUGUGUGUGUGUGUGUGUGUGUGUGUUUGUGUGUGUGUGUGUGUGUGUGUGUAAAUCGGAGAGCAUAGAUUUUUCUUAGGAUGUAGUCUUGGCUGGCCUGGAACUAACUAUGUAGUUAAUUCAAGCUGGCCUUGAACUCAGAUCCACUGGCGUACGCUUCCUGAGUGCCGGGAUUAAGAGCAUACACCACCAUGCCCAGCCAGGGCAUAGAUCUUUGGAUGUCAGGCUUGGGAGCAGAGGGAGGGAAGAAGAAAGGUUCUGUUCUUCUGAGGUCACCCAGUCGGAUGUAGAAGGGAUCGAUUGGACUUCUGGGCCUCUUCGCCCCAACCCCAGCUCUAAACUUGGCUCCCCUAGGCCCAGCUCCGGCGCUAUCAUGACAAAGGAUUAUCAAGACUUCCAGCACCUGGACAAUGAGGAGAACGACCAUCAUCAACUCCGGAGAGGGCCGCCUCCCACCCGGUCGCUCUUGCACCGCCUCUGCCCUGGAUCCCGCCUCCUCCUGGUGUCCGUGGGCCUCAGCCUCCUGCUGCUGGUGGUUGUCUGUGUGAUCGCAUCCCAAAACUCGCAACUGCGGGGCGAUCUGCUGUCUCUAAGGCAGAAUCUCAGCAACUUCACUGUGAGCACUGAGGACCAGGUCAAGGCCCUGAGCACCCAGGGGGGUAGUGUGGGAAGAAAGAUGAGGCUACUGGAGUCACAGCUGGAGAAACAGCAGCAGGAUCUGAGUGAAGAUCACUCCAGCUUGCUGCUGCACGUGAAGCAGUUGGUGUCUGACCUGCGAAGUCUGAGCUGUCAGAUGGCUGCCCUUCAGGGCAACGGCUCUGAAAGGACCUGUUGCCCCAUCAACUGGGUGGAGUUUGAAGGCAGCUGCUACUGGUUCUCCAGCUCUUCGAGGUCCUGGAUCGAGGCUGACAAGUAUUGCCAGCUCGAGAAUGCCCACCUGGUGGUGGUGACCUCCUGGGACGAGCAGAGAUUUGUCCAGCGCCACAUGGGACCUAUAAACACUUGGAUUGGCCUAACUGACCAGAAUGGGCCCUGGAGAUGGGUGGAUGGGACCAACUACGAGGCAAGCUUCAAGAACUGGAAACCAGAGCAGCCAGAUAACUGGUAUGGGCAUGGGCUUGGAGGAGGCGAGGACUGUGCCCACAUCACCACUGAUGGCCCCUGGAAUGAUGACGUCUGCAGGAGACCCUACCGCUGGGUCUGCGAGACAGAGUUGGACAAGACCCGUUAGGAGCCUCCCUCCCCUUAAUUUAUUUCUUUAGUGCCUCGAGCUGCUGAGGUUUGGAAUUGGGAGAUCCUACCUAGGGGUCUCCACCUCCUCGGGAAUUUUCGUCUAGGAUUUUAAGGGCAGGCUAAAGAACGGUGUUUGAGGAAUGUGACAUGAUGCCUGAUGAGGUGGGGUUACCGGAACGCUAUGACGCUUUGUGCACCAUGCAGCUUACUACUAUCAACUUUUUUUUUAGAGUGAAAAGAAGAGAAGUGUACUUAACUAUC